AUGGCGGCGGAGCAGGCCGCCGCGGCCGGCGGGGGGAAGCGGCGCGCCAAGGCGCAGUUCGUGGCGGCCAAGCGGCCCCGGCGCGGCGGCGGGCCUCGGCAGCUGGAGCCCGGCCUGCAGGGCAUCCUCAUCACCUGCAACAUGAACGAGCGCAAGUGCGUCGAGGAGGCCUACAGCCUCCUCGGAGAGUACGCCGACCGCCUCUACGGCCCGGAGCAGUUUACAGACAAGGAUGAUAAACCACCAGGAAGCGAAGAGGAUGAUGACAUGGAAGCUGCCUUGAAGAAAGAAGUCAGCGAGAUUCAGGCCUCCAAUGAACUGAGGUUAAGACGAUUCCAGUCGGUGGAGAGCGGAGCAAAUAACGUGGUCUUCAUCAGAACGCUCGGCUUAGAGCCUGAAAAGCUAGUGCAUCAUAUCUUGCAGGACAUGUAUACCACUAAGAAGAAGAAAACCCGGGUUAUAUUGCGGAUGUUGCCCAUAUCGGGCACGUGCAAGGCUUUCCUAGAAGAUAUGAAAAAGUAUGCUGAGAACUUCUUGGAGCCUUGGUUUAAGGUUCCUAAUAAAGGAACAUUCCAGAUUAUUUACAAAGCGCGUAACAACAGCCACCUGAACAGAGAAGAAGUCAUCCGAGAAUUAGCAGGAAUAGUGGGCAGCCUAAAUCCGGAAAACAAAGUGGACCUUAGCAAUCCACAGUACACUCUCAUCGUAGAAAUCAUCAAAGCUGUCUGCUGCUUGAGUGUGGUGAAGGAUUAUAUGUUGUUCAGAAAAUAUAACCUUCAGGAAGUGGUGAAGAGUAGCAAGGAGGUGGGCCAGGCGAAACCAGCUCAGACAGCGGCUCCAGAGGGAAAUGGAAAGCGAGCCACGCCGGAGGAUGAAACCCAAUUAAAGGAGGAGCCCAAAUCCAACGAAGGCGAUGCCGAAGAAGAUCGAAAGAGGAGUCCGACGGUGCUGGGGAGCAGUAAGGAUGUGGGACAGCCAGACCCGCCUUCCGAAAGCCAAGAAGAAAACGGGAAAGAAAUCAAAGCGGAAAAUGGAAGCCAAGACCGGGAGGACUCCAAAUGAGAUGAACGUGAUCUGCCCGGAAAGAAGAAGUAAUCAAAGAGGGAGGGGGCGGGAUAGGACAGAGAAACCACCGGCAGCUUUCCAAAUGAACUGUUCAAAUUCAGAUGACAAAAUUGGCUCUGGAGGAGAACUGGAUCCCGAACGCUAAAGGUCACGCAGAAAUGUUCGGUUAGAAACUCCUUUCAGUUAAACAGCAUUUGUAUUUAUUGGAUGCCUCGGGGACUGGGUCAGCAACUUAAUCUCUAAUUACUGUUUGGUUCCUGGGCUUUUGGGAUGGGCCUCUGAAUUCAAAAAAGAGAAAGGAAGCUCUGCUAGCAGAAAGAUUAUCGGUUCAAGAACUGCCGGCGUACACUGGGCUGCUCCGGCAGAUUGCGUCGCUAGUGGAGCGUGCCUUCCCAAGGGACGGGUGGUGAUUGCGGAGGAGAUGCUAGAGCCUCGGAGGCGUUACCGAGAGGGGUCUUAGAGGAGAGAGCACUCUGAGGUCUUUCUGGCGGACUCUCGUUUCUAGCAAGGUGAAGAUAUUUAGUUCCUUUACAGGGGAGAUGAGCCUAGGAACGUCCCCCUCUCUCCCACAGCUUGGGCAAAAAGCACCAAAGGGUGUAAAAAUGGCCAUAUAUGUUUUUUUAAUCCAUCGUAUGUCCCUGGAUGAUAGGUUCCCUUUUUAGAUCAUUUCUAAAAGUUAUUUGAUACCAUUCAUGUUGGUUUAUGAGUUUUUAUAUUGACUGUGCGAUUAAAAAAAAAAAUCUCAUGUAAACAGAUCUUCCCCUUUAGUAAUUCUUGGUACUCUGCGGUGCUUGGUGUUGAAGAUGUUUGGUCGUUCAGCGUGGGCUUUCAGUUGCCCAGGCUGUCCGGACACCGACGUUGCAGUCUUAAGCGACAGAUUCCAAGACGGGGUGAGAAUUGAAUGGUUUUGUUUUUUAAACCUUGAAAGGCAGAUCGGUUAUCUCAACAGCUCCACUUCAUUUUAGUGGCGUGCUAACUUGUUUUUGCCAGGUAGAGAAGAGUAGGUAAACUCUUGUUGCAAAGUAUGCCUGGAGGGAACUCGUUCAGUAUGAUUUUAAAAGUCAACGAUACACAAUGGUUUACUUUCUCGUUUUGAUUUCGUUACUGAUUACCGGCAAGUAUGCCCGUAUUGUUUCUCAGUGUUCACAGUUCCUUUUAAGAAAUGUGAAAAUAAACUUUUCUUUAGUCA